CUUUUCCGUGCAGUGCGAAAGAUAUGAAACAUCGGUUAGGCUUCCUGCUGCAGAAGUCUGAUUCCUGCGAACAUAAUUCUUCCCACAGCAAGAAGGACAAAGUGGUUAUUUGCCAGAGAGUGAGCCAAGAGGAAGUCAAGAAAUGGGCUGAAUCACUGGAAAACCUGAUUACCCAUGAAUGUGGGCUGGCAGCUUUCAAAGCUUUCCUGAAGUCUGAAUACAGUGAGGAGAACAUUGACUUCUGGAUCAGCUGUGAAGAGUACAAGAAAAUCAAAUCACCAUCUAAACUAAGUCCCAAGGCCAAAAAGAUAUAUAAUGAAUUCAUCUCAGUCCAGGCAACCAAAGAGGUGAACCUGGACUCCUGUACCAGGGAGGAGACAAGCAGGAACAUGCUGGAGCCCACAAUAACCUGCUUCGAUGAAGCACAGAAGAAGAUUUUCAACCUAAUGGAGAAGGAUUCAUACCGCCGCUUCCUCAAGUCACGAUUCUAUCUUGACCUGGCCAACCCUUCCAGCUGUGGGUCAGAGAAGCAGAAAGGAGCCAAGAGUUCUGCAGACUGUGCUUCCCUGGUCCCACAGUGUGCAUAAUUCUCACUGGGAGGCAGGGGGCUAAAAUGCCAAGACUCUAUGCUCUGGGAAACCUGAGGCCAAAUAUUGAUCUGUAUUAAGCUCCAGUGCUUUAUCCACAUUGUAGCCUAAUAUUCAUGCUGCCUGCCAUGUGUGAGUCACUGCCAUGUAUAAACUAGAUGUAGUUUU